UAUUAAAUACAUUUGAGGCAAAGAAACAAGAAAUUUAUAUUUACAAGUGCAAAAAAAUGCUGAUAAGUGGCGGAUAUUCACCAUCUGAGAGUAUACAAAUUUAUUUACAUCAGGCAGGAAAAAAAACCGUAGCAUUCCCAGAAAAAUCGAAGUACCGGAAACGACCUAAUGGAUUGCCAUGGUUACCAGAAGCUGAAACGUGCGCUGUUCUAGGAAGCGGUGGAAUAUUGAAAGGAAGUAAAUGUGGAGACGAGAUAGAUUCCCAUGAUUUGGUGUUCAGAUCAAAUAUGUCGCCUAUUGAUGGUUUUGUUCAGGAUGUUGGAAAGAAAACAAACAUUAUGAGCUCCAAUGUAUUAGCUUCUAAACAAAUCGCUCUAUGUUUAGAUAACAGCACAUGUCGUAAUGACUACUUAAAAUAUGCAGAUACGUACUUAAAUGACUCCAUUAUUUGGUUGACAAAGAUUCCUGACUGGAGUACGGGUUACAAGAAAUUUGUCGCAGUCUUUGAGAAAUAUCGCAAAAAUUUUGUUUUUGCAUAUCCAAAUCCAAGAAAACGCAUAAAUAAACAAUUGAGCAAAUACUGGAAGGUUAACUCACCAUCAUCGGGUUUAUAUAUAUAUGGCGUUGCAGCCACGAUAUGCAGAAAUAUCUCUUUGUACGGUUUUUAUCCUUAUAACCAGACCGAGUCUGGUCGAAGGCUACCGUUCCACUACUAUGGCAAUGAAACGUUCGAGAACAGGCACGAUAUACCGAAAGAAUACAACACUUUACUUAACUUGAAUCGCACUGGUGCAAUACGAUUAGUAACUAAAAAAUGCCAUGCCUAGAAUGCUGUAUGGAAAAAAUGACUAAAAAAAUGAAUGAAUAAUUAAAAUAAAUACGCUAAAUAAACGAAUAGUUAAUUGCACCUUUACUACUACUACUACUCUUAUGUUUGUUAUCGCACAUUGGAUGAAUAUCCAAUGGAAUUAAAUUAUUCCUGAAGCUUCGUGACAAGAAGUCUCCUCAAACUUCUAGGACCUUGAGACUUUAUUAUUAUUAUCAUUAUUAUUAUUGUUAUUAUUAUUGUUAUUAUCAUUAUUAUUGUUAUUAUGCCUAUUAUUAUUACUAUUAUUAUUAGGCCCAUAUCUAAUGAAAUUACAUUAUUCCUGAAGCUUGGUGACAAGAAGUCUCCUUAAACUUCUAGGACCUUGAGGAGACUAUUAUUAUUAUUAUUAUUAUGCCUAUUAUUAUUAUUAUUAUUAUUAUUAUUAUUAUUAUGCCUAUUAUUAUUAUUAUUAUUAUUAUUAUUAUGCCUAUUAUUAUUAUUAUUAUUAUUAUUAUUAUUAUUAUGCCAAUUAUUAUUAUUAUUAUUAUCAUCAUUACUAUUGUAUAUACUUUUUUGAAAGUGGCUUAAUUUUGCUCUAUGUCUUCUACUUAUUUAUACAUAUAACAAUUUUGUACUGAAGUGAAGUCUACUUUUUCUGCUAAACAGGUACACUAAAUAAAUUUUCAGCUUUCAUACAAUGAGAA